AUGCCAUUCGAUCAAAAGAAAUAUAUUAAUCAUGAAAAACAUUUUCAACGCGGGACGUUAACAGAUAUACGUGGUCAGCCAAAAAAAUCUGGAGCUGGUAACGGCAAUUGGGGCGUUCUUGGUGACGAAAUUAAUGUUAU